AUGGAUGAUAAUCAUAACUUUUUUAACGUAUCGUUUGAACAUUCAUAUGGAGACCAUUUGGGUCGACCGCUGCGCAAACUAUUCUCAUCGAGCGGUCAAUUCAGUGAACUAUACCUCUGUUUAACCGUUUUCACCAUCUUUUUGGUCGUCACAUGUAUUUUUUACAUAACCCGCAAGUCCUGUGGCAUAGCGUUGGACAUGGAGGGCGGCAAACAUACCAAUCGACUCGAUCUGGUGGUGCCUCCCAUUACCCUCAGCUAAUCCAUCACUUCAUACAAAUACAUUGUUAUCAUAAUUAAAGCUUAACAUUGUAUGCAAUUUACUAAUUUUUUCAAGUUUACGAACUUGUAUGACAAGCUACUAUGCACUUUACUCGUUACCUACUGUUUCAAUGCCUGUCCAUUAGCCCAACCAAAUGUUUGUCUUCCACCAAAUAUUUUUAGAUAUCUUUUAUGAAACUUGUAUUCAUUAUAUUGUAUAUUAAUUGCCA